UGGGCCGCCGGAUCGGAGAUGAAGCUGAGGUGGAGAGUCCUCUUGUUGUUCGGCAUCACCGGGCUCCUCACUCUCCUCCUUGUGCUGUACCUGUAUACAAGACCGUCGGACGAGCUGCUAGGACCGGAGGAUCCGCGGAGCUACGCCCGUGGUCUUGAGAACGUCCCCGGACGGGACAAAAUCUUGGGCUCCAUUCUCACGCACAUCCUGAAGCCCGAGCUGAGCCAACGCGUGGAGGUGGCUGAGGCAGACAGCGACCCAGGGAUCUUGGUCUCCGUGAAGACGACCACGCGCUACCACCAGCACCGUCUCUCUCUGCUACUCUUCACGUGGAUGAAGACCCUUCCUCCAGAGCAGCUUUACAUAGUGACCGAUAGGAAGGCGAAUGAUCCGUGGAUCAGAGAGGCCAAGUUGGCAGGCAUCCAUGUUAUUAAAGCUCGCUGUCCUAAAGGACAUACCAGUGAGUCACUCUGCUGCAAGUCAGGCCUUGAAUACGAACAGUUCUACAAAGCCUUGGAGAGUGGAAAAGUGUUCAGGUGGUUCUGUCAUUUUGAUGACGAUGAAUACUUGAAUGUUGUCAAUCUCUUCAAAGAACUAAAGAAAUACGAUUCCUCUGCAGACUACUAUGUCGGCACUGGCUAA